AAAGAAGUUGCAACUUGCAAGUGCAUAUAUUCUUCCGGUCAUUUAUAUUAGCUUAAGGCGCGUGAAUUUUUAGCCCAAAGAAAGAAAGAGAAGGUUCAUGAAUUAAUCCUGUCAAGUACCCUUGUGGCACAGUAAAUUGAUAAGCCCUCUGUUUCUGAUCUGUGUUCUCAGUUGUGCUGUGGAAGUAUGUUUAAUGUUGGAUUUAGUAGAAGUGCAUCAAUAUCAAGAGUAUCAGUCAUCAAGAGAUUUUCUACCCAGAUUGGAAGCAAGCUAGAGGGCAAGGUAGCCCUGAUCACUGGAGCAGCAAGUGGUAUUGGGAAGGCAACUGCGGCCAAAUUCAUCAAUAAUGGUGCAAAAGUUGUUCUUGCUGAUAUUCAACACCAACUUGGCCAAGAUACUGCGCAAGAACUUGGACCCGAUGCAGCCUUUAUUGUCUGUGAUGUAACUAAAGAAGCAGAUAUAUCAAAUGCUGUAGAUUUUGCCAUCUCUAAGUUCAACCAACUCGAUAUCAUGUACAACAAUGCAGGAGUAGCCUGCAACACUCCUCGCAGUAUUGUGGACCUUGACCUUGCAGCGUUUGAUAGAGUCAUGAACAUUAACGUGCGAGGAAUAAUGGCUGGGAUCAAACAUGCGUCGCGUGUGAUGAUCCCACGAAGAACUGGCUCCAUUCUUUGCACAGCGAGUAUUACAGGAAUAUUAGGUGGGACAGCACAGCACACAUACUCUGUGUCCAAAGCUACUGUUAUAGGCAUUGUUAAGUCUGUUGCAGCAGAGCUAUGCCAGUAUGGUAUCAGAGUCAACUGCAUAUCGCCUUUCGCGAUUCCAACUCCAUUUGUCAUGAAAGAAUUGUAUCAACUGUAUCCAGGUGUUGAUCCUCAAAGGCUUGUGGAAAUUCUCCAUAACACUGGUAUGCUAAAGGGGGCCAACUGUGAGCCAAUUGAUAUAGCUAAUGCUGCAUUUUAUCUUGCAUCCGAUGAUGCAAAGUAUGUUAGUGGGCAUAAUUUGGUGGUAGAUGGAGGUUUUACAACAUCCAAGAGUCUGGGAUUUCCCGCACCAGAUGAGGUGUAAUGCAAAGCUCAUUUUAUGAAGAUUUAGAAGCGUUAACCAGUCGAAUGAAAAUGAAUACCAAGUACUUCCUCCUUUUGUUUUUGCAAUUUCACUAUGCAACUUAGAGGAAGUUUUCUA